AAGCCCCGAGCGGGGCAGGGCCUCGUCCAGGCGCUAUGUGGAGUGCGAGCGUGUUCUUUUUCACACAGAUAGUGGUGUGUCAAUUCGCUACUGAAAACCCCUCAUCAACGACUGAAGAAGACACAACCGUGACGUCAUUCUACGCGCUCAGUACAGGCAUCGCCCCCGCACCCGUUCUACUCCGUUUAGGAAACUCGACCAUAGACAGCACUAAAUCUUUCAAAGUGCCACAACCAUCGCAGGAACCUACGUCAGCGCCGGUGACGUCACAGCCGCAGGUCGAGAUGGUGCCACAUGUGGUGUUAAAGAACACAUACUUCGACCAUGAUAGGAAGUAUGGCCCGACCUUUGAAGAUAUGCCUGAAGGGAACAUAACGAAAAUCACUGUACAGUUGGGCGAGGACGCACAUUUGAACUGUAGGAUUAGUCUGCUAUUGGAUAAAACGGUGUCAUGGGUCCGCCGAAGAGGUAGAGACGAGAUGCCCGAACUCCUCACAGUGGGUGCUGUCACGUACGCGGCUGACAACAGGGUGUCGGUGGCUAAGAGGUACCCUGGCAACUGGAGGCUGCUCAUCAGGGAAGUGAAGCCAGAUGACGAAGGCGUCUACGAGUGCCAGAUAUCCACUCACCCCCCGAGAGUCAGUAGGACGUAUUUACAUAUUAACACCCCCCAAGUGUGGGUGGUAGACGAGGCUGGUGCUCCUCUCUUAGAGAAGUACUACGAAGCAGAAUCCACUCUUGCGUUGGUCUGCCGAGCGCGUCACGUGGAUACACCAGCUGUACUGACCUGGCUACAUGAGGGAAGGGCACUAAACGCUGACACUACUAGAGGAGGGAUCAGCGUGAAGACAGAACAAGUGCCAGGCGGAGCGGACAGCCUGCUGAGGCUGGCGCGAGUGAACAGCACAGACGCCGGCAACUAUACAUGUGCUGUGCGCGGCGCGAAAUCCCACACAGUUUCUGUGCAUGUGCUCAAUGAGAGCCUCGCGGAACUCCACGCCGGCGGGAAUCAGAUUCCGUCGUCGCCAAUAACGAUAGUAACGUUAUUAUUGUUAAUCGUUAUAACGGAAAAACCGUUAUUCCCCACUGUGAUGUUGCUAGCAGCACUAUUUUGUUUCGAAGUAACGGUACUGGCCAAAGGCCCGCGCGAUCACUUCAUUGUGUUGUUACCCACGUGAUAUAAAAGUUUAGAUUGUGUAAAUAAGUUCGAUGUAAAGAUGAUAAAAUAAACU